GCUAGAAUAACGCCUUCUACGUUCGUACACUGAUGCACGAUCGUGCGUGUACGAAUUAGAGUUUCGAAAAGAACGGACUGACACUCGUCCUUUUCUAAGACUUCUCGAAGCUGCCCGAAGCGAGCACGGCUGCUUUCUUGAUGCUCCAAAACUCUACAAGCUCACGUACACGCGAUCGGGCAUCAGUGUGCGAGAGUAGAGGGGGAAAUUCCAAAUGCACCCGGUGUACAGUCUGGCGACACUGCUACCGGCAUCAUUUAAAGUAGAAUGGUUGUACAGCGCGACUCGCAACUUGUACUUUCUGCAACCGUAGUUUUACCGCAGCUCGUCGAGGGGAAACGUGUGUUUCGCGUGUUCGUAUCUCGUUCCGUGACUUAAACCCACGAGUAACUGAAUUUUUGUACAACGACCGUUUCUUAGUCGAGGAAAAUGUCUGCCAAACCCGCAUUCAAAGUCGCUAACUUGUCUCUGGCGGAAUGGGGUCGAAAAGAAAUUACGCUGGCGGAGCACGAGAUGCCGGGGCUAAUGGCAAUCAGGAAAAAGUACGGUCCUGAAAAAAUUUUAAAAGGAGCACGUAUCGCCGGUUGCUUGCAUAUGACAGUGCAAACCGCGGUUCUCAUUGAAACACUCGUCGAACUCGGAGCCGAGGUUCAAUGGUCGUCGUGCAAUAUAUUCAGUACACAAGACCAUGCGGCUGCUGCUAUUGCAAAAACGAGGGUUCCCGUAUAUGCAUGGAAAGGUGAAACCGACGAAGAGUACCUCUGGUGCAUAGAACAGACUCUCGUUUUCAAAGACGGCAAACCUUUAAAUCUCAUUCUCGACGAUGGUGGUGAUUUGACCAACCUGGUUCACACCAAAUUCCCGGAAUAUCUGAAGGAUUGCCGUGGUAUCUCCGAAGAGACCACUACAGGAGUACACAAUCUUUACCGAAUGAUGAAAGAGGGAAAUUUAAAAGUCCCAGCAAUCAAUGUAAAUGAUUCAGUAACAAAGAGCAAGUUCGACAAUCUCUAUGGAUGCAGAGAGUCGUUGAUCGAUGGUAUCAAACGAGCAACAGACGUAAUGAUCGCUGGGAAAGUGUGCGUGGUAGCUGGGUACGGGGAUGUUGGUAAAGGAUGCGCUCAGAGUCUCAGAGCACUGGGUGGUCGUGUUUUGAUCACGGAAAUUGACCCCAUUAAUGCACUGCAAGCAGCUAUGGAAGGAUACGAGGUGACUACGAUGGAAGAAGCAUCGACCAAAGGGCAGAUAUACGUCACCACUACCGGAUGCAAAGACAUUAUAUUAGGCCAUCAUUUCAUAAACAUGCCAGAAGAUGCUAUAGUCUGCAAUAUCGGUCACUUCGACUGCGAGUUAGAUGUCAGUUGGCUCGAGAAAAAUGCCGUUGAAAAAGUCAACAUUAAGCCCCAAGUAGAUAGAUACCGGUUGAAUAAUGGCAGACAUAUUAUCCUUCUCGCGGAGGGUCGUUUAGUUAAUCUUGGAUGCGCGACGGGACACUCAAGUUUCGUGAUGAGCAAUUCGUUUUCGAAUCAAGUGCUGGCACAGAUAGAGUUAUGGACAAAGUCAGAAUCCUAUCCGAUCGGCGUUCACAUGCUGCCAAAGAAGUUGGACGAAGAAGUUGCGGCAUUGCAUUUGAAUCACCUCGGUGUGAAGUUAACGAAACUGUCAAAGGAACAGGCCAAAUACCUUGGCAUACCUAUCGAAGGACCAUACAAGGCUGAUCAUUACCGAUAUUAGACAUUUUUAUAUGUAAAAAAAGUUUUUAUGUAUAUAGACCACUGCUAGUUCAUUGUUCAAACGAACAAUGCAUUGUCAGAAACCACUAUUUGGUCCUUAACAAUAUGAAUAAACAAUUUAAAGAAUACUGACCGCGAAAGCAUUUAUAAAUUAACGAAACAGAGACUGUUUCUGUUAUCGAUGAAUGUAAAACUAAUUGU